AUGGUCCUCCUUACAACGACACCUCGCAUCCUCUCGGCCAUCUCCUCCCUUUCUUCCGAUGAUCGCUCGUCCCUGGCCGCCGCAGACCUACCCACAACAUGCGGCCAACCAAUUGAGCAUUCAACCCUGAUCGCAAUGUCCCGCCUCACCAAAACCAUGACCCUCAACAGCCUCCUCUGGGGAACCCGCAUCUAUAUCCCGCCGCCACCGCCAAAACCUCAGCCGUCACUAGAAUACGUCGCUCUCAUGGAAAAGCUGCGUAGGGAACAAGAACAGCGGGAAUACGCUUCUCUCUUGCCCAAUUCUCUCUCGAGCUCCAUCCAGCUCGGCGAAGAUGAUGAAGACGACGAUAUUUCCCCUUCACUUGUCCUCAACAUUUUUCUCAGCAUAAUCCUCUGCGCAGCAGCAAUAUUUUACUUGACGCGGUGGUGGGCCAACGACGGGCUACGAGUACUCGGCUCACUAGCCACCGGGAUUGUGGUGGGAGUUGCUGAAGUCGGUGUAUACGCUGCGUAUUUGCGGAAAGUCAAGAUGAGUAGGGCCAAGGAGAGAAAGAAGCACGAGAGAAAAAUUGUGCUGGGAGAGUAUACUGGCAAAGCACCAGGAGGAAUAGCUUUGGAUGCAAAGGGAACACCUGUCUCUGUCGAUGUGAAUGCGAUCAUGGAGAAAGAAGAGAUAUGGGGAAGGGGAAUCAAUGGCGGGAUGAGGAGGCGUGUAAGAGAGAAAUGGCAGAGAGACCAAGAGAAGGUCAAAACUUGA